AUUAUCAUGCCUCUCACUUCCUGUAAAAGCUGGUUGGUGUAUUUGCUGUUACUUUAAACUUGUUCUCAUGAACCUGAAUACGAAAAGACAAGGGAGCAGUUAUUUUUAAGAGAUUUAAGAAGGACUUGGAUAGCAUAGCGUUCUCCGUUUGGCAACUAUGUAAAUACUGUAAACUUAAUAUGGCUGUCUGCGCUCUGUCUGUCUUUAUAAAGUACUUACUCAUCCGUGGGCAGGGAUUGUAAAUUCAUCGUGGGUCAUUAAAUGUGUUCGCGAGAGGGUGAACAUCAAAGGUUCUGUUCAUCGCCUUAGUGGUAUUGCCAACCUAAACACUCGUUCGCUGUGAGGACUACAGUAGAAUACUCCGAGCCAGUAUGGAAAAUCCACCUAAGCUAUAUUUAUAUUUGACUCUGAUCUUGUGUCUGAAAUUUACUGACUCGUUUAACCUGGACAUCGACAAUCCUUCAGUUUAUUCCGGUCCACAAGGAAGUUAUUUUGGAUUUUCCGUGGAUUUCUUUAAGCCUGACCAAACACAGUUGAACAUCUUAAUUGGGGCACCGAAAGCCAACACAUCUAUUUCGGCCGUCGUGGAAAGGGGGGCGGUAUACAAUUGUCCCUGGAAAGAAACACUUUCAGGCUGUCAACAAAUACCGUUCGACGACACAGAUGACCGGAGGAAUCCUAAUGGGGUACAGAUGGAGUUCAAGUCCAACCAGUGGUUCGGAGCCUCAGUCCGGUCGUCAGGCGAAAACAUACUGGCUUGCGCCCCUCUAUACCAGUGGAGCACAUUUGGACUGACGGAGAGGGAGCCCGUGGGAACUUGCUAUCUCAAGAAAGGAAACCGUAUUGUGGAGUAUUCACCGUGCCGUACCAGUUUAAACAGCCCUGAGGGCCAAGGUUUCUGCCAGGCAGGAUUCAGUGUUGACCUUUUGAAGAAUGACCGAGUUGUCAUUGGAGGACCUGGAAGCUUUUAUUGGCAAGGACAACUUAUCUCUGAUGAAAUCUCUGAAAUCAUAAAGAAGUACAAAAGGGAUUUUACCACUUAUACAACUUACAGCAAUCAGCUGUCAACCAAGCCAGCCAGCGCUCAGUAUGAUGACAGCUAUUUAGGGUAUUCUGUGGCUGUCGGCGAUUUCAAUGGUGAUGGGGAAGAUGAUUAUAUCACAGGAGUUCCCAGAGGGGAGCAGGCCCUGGGCUAUGUUAAUGUUUUCAACGGAAUAAACAUGGCGUCUAUGAUCAACUUCACCGGAGUGCAGAUGGCUGCAUACUUUGGACAUUCUGUGGCAGCAACAGACAUUAAUAAUGAUGGAAUGGUCGAUCUGUUUGUGGGAGCGCCUCUCUUCAUGGAACGCGGUUCGGACGGCAAGCUUCGCGAGGUGGGCCAGGUGCACGUGUAUCUGGGCAAAGGGGCGUUCUCAUUCCAAGAGCACCUGAAGCUGACGGGCUCAGAGAUCUACUCGCGUUUCGGGAGCUCCAUCGCCCCCCUGGGAGACCUGGACCUGGAUGGCUACAAUGACAUCGCCAUCGCCGCCCCCUACGGUGGACCAGAGCAGAAGGGUCUGGUGUACAUCUACAACGGGAGGCAGGGUGGUCCGGACACCGUGGCCUCCCAGGUGCUGGAGGGGAAGUGGGCCUCCACCUACAUGCCCCCCAGCUUUGGGUACUCCAUGCAUGGUGCCACCGACAUCGACCUGAACGGGUACCCAGACCUAAUUGUUGGCGUCUUCGGCGCGGAUAAAGCAGUUCUUUACAGGGCUCGACCGGUCAUUGGUGUAAAUGCAACCCUGGACAUCAGCCCCCAGAUCCUGAACCCAGAGGAGAAGACCUGCACACUGCCUGGCUCCUCCAAAACUGUGUCCUGCUUUAAAGUGAAGUACUGUCUGCAGGCCAGUGGAAAGGGAAGUCCUAAUUCAUUGCACUUCCAGGUGAAGCUAGUCCUGGACAGGCUCAAGCACAAGGGGGCAAUAAAGCGUGUGCUCUUCCUGCACAGCACAAUGUCCCAGUACGUCAAGAACAUGACCGUCACCAACGGCAAAGGCCCAGCUUGCGAAGAGCUGGAAGCAUUCUUAAUAGAUGACUCAGAGUUCAGGGAUAAGAUCACGCCCAUCACCAUCUUCAUGGAGUACAGCCUGGACUAUAAAACUGCAGCAGACAAAACUGGCCUUCUGCCCAUCAUGAACCAGUUCACCCCUGCCAACAUAUCCAAGCAGGCCCACAUCUUACUGGAUUGUGGGGACGACAACAUCUGCAAGCCUGACUUGAGGAUAUCAGUAGUGAGUGAUCAGAACCAGAUCUACAUUGGAGACGACAGCCCAAUGACCCUGGAGGUGACUGCAGAGAACAGGGGUGAGGGAGCUUACGAGGCCGAGCUGUACGUCUUCAUGCCCCCGCAGGCAGACUACAUCGGCGUUGUGCGUAACACGGAGACUCCAUCCAGACUAUCCAGAAUUUCCUGCGCGUACAAAAGGGAAAACCAGACACAGGCCGUGGUGGUGUGUGACCUGGGAAACCCAAUGAAAGGAGGAACCAAACUGGUUGUGGGACUGCGGUUCAGUGUACACCAGCUCUCUGAGCAGGACACCUCCGUCAAGUAUGACCUGCAGAUCCAGAGUUCCAACCAGUUUAAUAACACCAGCCCUAUGGCUUCCAGUGUCAUAAAGCUUGCAGUUUUGGCCAAGGUGGAAAUCCGAGGUGCGUCCAAUCCUGACCAGGUCUUUCUCCCCAUCGCCAACUGGCUGCCAAAAGAGAACCCCAUUCUUGAGGAUGACAUUGGACCACUGGUUCAACAUACCUAUGAGCUUCGGAACAACGGCCCAAGCACCUUCAGCAAGGCCAUGCUGGAAAUAUCCUGGCCCUACAGGUUCCACAAUGGCUCCCUACUCUACAUCACCAAGUAUGAGGUGGAGGGACCCAUGAACUGCAGCACUGACAUGGAGAUAAACCCUCUGAAUGUCACGAAUCCCACGGCUGCAGGGACGAACGAGACAAUUCCAGAGAGUGGAGACCGGACUGAAGGCGGGAAGCGGAAUCACGUGCACCGCCGCGACCUGGAAGAAAAACGGAUGGACGGGGAGUCCCUGGAGAUACUGGACUGCACAAAAACUGAAUGCGUGAAGAUCAAGUGCCAGGUGGGCCGCCUGGAGAAGGGAAAGAGCGCUGUCCUGUUCAUCCGCUCCCGAUUGGGCGUGGCAACCUUCCUCACGGCAGAGGUCCAGAACCGGUCAUAUAGUGUGGAGUCCUCUGCUACCUUCAAUGUCAUAGAAAUGCCCUACAAAAAUCUGGUGUCGGAGCUCCCAUCAGACUCCACACGAGUCAACACGGCCGUGAUCUGGGCCCAGACUGGGACAGCACAACCAGUUCCAGGUUGGGUGAUCGCCCUGGCGGUUUUGGCCGGGCUCCUGCUCCUGGCUCUGCUCAUCUUUAUCAUGUACAAGCUGGGCUUCUUCAAGCGUGUGCGGCCGCCCCAGGAGGACUGCACGGAGAAGGAACAGCUGCAGCCGCAGGAGAACGGCAAUGCUGAGGCCUGAGGGCCCCAAACUCUGUAAAAUCCCUCUCUCCGAGGCAGUUACGACUCUGCCCUACGGGGGGGGCGGAGUGAAAGGGUGCAGAAAGUGUGUGAUACCGAGUGGUACUGACAAACAUAGCAGUUGGGAAUGGAGGCUGAGCACUGCUAUGUACUGCUAGGUUACUCCCAUUUGUUGCGCUGGUGAGGAGCUCAGGGCUUCUUCAAUGUGGACUACUUUAUGCAUUUUAGUGCACUGAUAUUUUUAUAGUUUAUGUCUGUCUUCAGUUCAUAAAUGCAAACUUGAGAGGCCAAGUGGUAAUGUUUUGUACAGUAAAACAAACCCUAUUCCAUCUUUACUAUGGUCUGUGUGAAACUUCAAACUAAUCUAAUCUGACUGCAGUAAUUUAGUAUUUUUGGAAAUGGCUACUGCCAAUGGGUGGGUUUCGGGGCUUUGUGUUUGCUGUGGGGUUUUUUUGUCUAAUGAUGUUGUACAUAAAAUGGGAAAAUGUUUGGGUAAAUUAAAUACAGUCUCAAUGAUUUCAAAUGCAAGGCAUGGUGUACAACGUGGUGCCAAUUAAUGGUUACAUUUCAAGCCAGUCAUCUAACAAAUUAUUAUUAUUAUUAUUAUUAUUAUUAUUAUUUUGAGAUAGUAUUAUCACCCUUUCCAAGGACACUCUAUUGAUCUUAUAUUGUACAGUAUCCAGAAUAUUUCUAGAGCACAAAUUUAAACUCCUGUGUUAUAUACUUAAACAUAAUAAUUGUAAAUAAGGCUUGUACGUUUUUGUGGAUAUAUUAAAAAGCCCAUGCCAGAUUCAUAUACCUAUAUACGUAUAACACAGCAGAAUUUUUUAGUAUCCUCUGUGGACUGUUUUCUUUUUGGGAGACAAAUAUGAGUUUGUGUAAACUUACUUAGAAUAUUUGCGGUGCCUACGUUGUGUCUUUUCCGUGCUUUUAAGUUACGUAUGUCUUACUCAAAUCUGUUGGAACUUAUUCACCGCAUUCCGCAUUCACAUGCAUUAAACAAUACACGACAAUAAAUAGCUGUCAUAUUUUCAUAGCUGGAAAAAAAAUGGUUUUACUGUAAAUUCGAGACAUUUCAGGAAAAGGAUGUCCCUUAUUUUAUCCAGCAAGAAAAAAAUAUAUAUACACUCAGUGAGCAAUUUAUUUGGUAGACCUGUACACCAGCUUAUUAAUAUAAAUAUUUAAUCAGCCAAUCAAGUGGCAGGUCUUGUUUUAUGCACACAAGCUCUACAGUUUACAGAGAAUGGUGCAAAAAACAAAAAGCAUCCAGUGAGCAUCUCUGAAUACACAACCCAUGAAACCACUUAAGUGGAUAGGCUACAGCAACAGACAACCAAUAUGUCAAAGAAAUCUCAAAUUCCUAAUAAAGUGCUCACUGAGUGUAUAUCAGAUUCAAGAUUAUUGUGCAUUAAAUUGUCUGAAUUAAUUGUGUAAUGUGCAAAUUAGUUUGUUUUCAUUUAUGAUUUGUUUUAAAAAUUUUAUUAGGCUUUUAGAUUUCUUUAAAGUAGCUUUGUUCCCUUGUAGUGUAAUGUGAAAUCACCUGGGUAUUAAUUUAAAGUAUGGAAUUCUGGAAAAUAAUUUAUAAGAACAAAGAAUAGCAUUAACAAUAAUUGUUUUAAAGUGGGGACAUUUUAAUUAAUCUUUGUUUUUUUAAUCAUAUGCAGAUUUAAUAUGUAAAAUUUUACGUUUAAAGUUUUGGACUUCAUUCAGUCAAAUAAACCAAAUAAAAUUAAUUGUGUUGGAUACAAUUAAAAACAAA